AUGAAAGAUUAUGCUGAAAAGUUGAAGGCAAUAUAUAGUCAAGAAAAAUUUUUUUAUAAUUUUAAAUACACUGAUUUCAAAAAUAUUCAAAAAAUUGGAGGUGUAUUUACGACGGUAUAUCGCGCUAAGUGGAAAUAUGGUGAUGGUUUUUUAGUGUUAAAAUCAUUCAAUUUUAUUGAUAAAAAAGCUUUUGAUGAAAUUAUGAAUAUG